AUGGUGAAAAAGAAGAAUGGCAAGUGGUGGAUGUGUGAAGAUUUCCCCGACCUAAACAAAGCUUGCCCCAAGGAUUCGUUUCCAUUACCUCAUAUCGACCAGCUCAUCGACGCGACUGCCGUGCACGAGUUGCUAAGUUUCUUGGAUGCCUACUCAGUCUACAACCAGAUCCUUAUGGAGGAAGAGGACCAUGAAAAGACCACCUUCAUCACCCAUCGGGGGACAUACUGCUACAAAGUUAUGCCUUUCAGAUUGAAAAAUACGGGGGUAACUUACCAAAGGUUGGUGACAAAGAUGUUCAAAGAACAACUCGGAAAAAUGAUGGAGGUAUACAUCGACGACAUGCUGGUCAAGUCCAAAAGGAAAGAAGAUCACAUUGACCACUUAAGAGAAGAAUUCGGCAUACUCAGGCAAUACGACAUGAAACUGAACAACAAAAAAUAUGCGUUCGGCGUGGCCUCAGUGAAAUUCUUGGGUUUCCUAGUGUCGCAGCGGGGUAUCGAGGUCAAUCCCGACCAAAUCAAGGCCAUCAACGGGAUACCAGUGCACUUGACCCCCAAAAGGCAGGUCUAG